AAUCAUGAUUCAGUUGGUGAUCAUUGGAUUCAAUGAUUCUGAGAAGAACGAAACAAUUCCUUAAUUCAGGCAUUAUAUUAAUUUGCAUUGGCCACGCCUUUGCUGAUCAGUCCUUUUGGUCAGGCACUUUUGUUGCUUCUCGCGGACAGUCCCAACAUGGCCGUAGGCGGAUUUCAUUACAUUUAUUGAACAGGUGAGGCGGGAUCCGGUAACGUGUGAAUAAAACAUGAGUCUCACGGCUGACCAAACAUCAAUGGGCGCAGAAAUAGCUCCGAACGAGGGCGGGGAUCCGGCGGAGCUGCCGGGGGACUCUGACGACAGCCAAUCGGAGACAGAAGAGUCGGAAUUCGGCGAAAUCUUCGUGGCAGACGAGCCGAGCGAGACCGAACAAGAUGGCGACCUCCAUGAAGUGAAGCAGCUGUCAGCAGGGGAGGACCCGGAACACGCCGCCAAAUGGGAACCAGAUGACACGGAGUGUGUACUAAACGAGGACGAGGAAGGUAUGGUUCGACAUAGGAAACCACCGGCGGCAAAAUCCAACGGAGCGACCGGUGACGAGAGUGAGAAGGGCUCGGAGGAUGGGUACAUACAGCAGGGCAGACGUACGGCGAGGAACCGGCAGAUGUCAUGGGGACAGAUACUGAAGACUUGUGCCGGUAUAUUUCUCGUCCUGAGCGGAGCGGUUGGGUACGUGAAGUACCAGGAAGUUUUGCGGUCCCGUGUCAACACGCCUCUGGACGCGCCCAGAGUUGUGGAGGAGGGUGCUACCGGCGCGACGCGCUCCCCGGACAGGUUCUGGGGUACGUACCGCUCCAAUGUUUACUUCGGCAUGAAGACGCGCAGCCCCCGCUCCCUGGUGACGGGGAUGAUGUGGAUGGUGCAGUACUCCCGAGCCGUGCCCAGGAUCGUGCGGCCCGAGGUCAGGCACACCUGCGAGCAGGGGGACGGGCUGCCCCGCUACGGCUGGCUGCAGCACGACGGCGUCAACUUCGGCAUGCAGGAGAUCAUCGACAAGAACUUCAGCAUGGUCACCGAGUUCGUCAAGCGGCCUGGUGGGGACCACGGUGGUGACUGGACAUGGAGGAUCACCGCCAGUCCCAGGAAGUCCAAGAGCAUCAGUAUCCCUACGGUGUCUUUCCUGUUCUAUGCAGCGACGGACGGACAGGGCACGAUACAACCCGUCCUCGAAAACAACCGCCUGGUCGCCAUCACAGGACAGACCGAGGAGCUGGGAAAGUUCCGCAUGUCCUUCCCAAAGGUGUCGAGAAAGAACAUUACGUACCACCAUCUGGUCUCGUACUCCCCGCGUCUGGAUCUCCUGAAGAGUUCCGUGGAACACGGGAUGCGCAGAUUACUGUUCAACAAGACGCGCAUCCAGUACGGGCUGGCCGGGGACCUUAUCAAGAGGAGUAACAUGCCCGACCUCAAAGCCAACGUGCUUGUUCAUCAGGUCACUCUGGAGGUCCCGUGUGUUCUGGAAGUCGUGUUUGAGUCGGAAAGCUUCACGUCGAGGAACACCAGACUUGUGGGUAUGGAACUAACCAGGGAACUGGAGAAGUACAAGGUGGCAUUUGAUGAGAAGUUUGAAAACACCUUCGGCUUGAACAGGAGAGGAUACACGGAGAAGAACCUGCGGUUUGCCAAGGCAGCUGUCAGUAACAUGGUAGGGGGGAUAGGUUACUUCCGAGGAAAGUCCCUGGUGCAGUCUCCGUAUAAUGAAGAACCUGUGGAGUAUUGGGAGGCACCCCUCUACACAGCUGUCCCAUCCAGGUCCUUCUUCCCUCGGGGAUUCCUCUGGGACGAGGGGUUCCACCAACUUCUCAUCAGCAAAUGGGACACGGCAAUAAGCAAGGAGAUCCUCAGUCAUUGGCUAGACUUGAUGAACAUGGAGGGCUGGAUCCCGAGGGAACAGAUUCUCGGCAGUGAGGCAAGAAGUAAAGUGCCGGCCGAGUUUGUUGUGCAGAAGAACCAGAAUGCCAAUCCUCCCACUCUCUUCCUCCCCAUCCAGUCACUGAUGAAGGACUUGGCCAGCAACAGGAGUGAGGAGGACAUCCUCCUCCUGAAGCGGAUGUUCCCCCGUCUGAAGACAUGGUACAACUGGUUCAACACAUCACAGCUUGGGAACGAACCAUCAUCCUACAGAUGGAGGGGGAGGGAUCCAGGUGCCAACAAAAACCAACAGCUCAACCCUCUCACCCUGACGUCAGGCUUGGAUGACUACCCUCGUGCCUCCCACCCGUCAGACAGCGAGCGCCACAUCGAUCUUCGCUGCUGGAUGGCGCUUGCAUCUGGUGUGAUGGCAGACAUUGCAAAAGUGAUCGGCGAGCCAGGAGAGGAGUACGAGGCAACACACAAGCUCCUGACAGACAAUGCUCUGCUAGAAAAACUGCACUGGUCUCCAGAGAAACAACUGUUUUCUGACUAUGGAAAGCACACCAAAGGGGUUGUGCUAGAACGUGAAAAAGUACCCCUCCCACCCCCACCCAAACCUGGGAUGAGACGACAACCUGUCCCAAAAGGCAAGAUGUACAGAGUCCUCAAGGGGGAGCAACCAACGGACAAGUUUGUCAACUCAUUCGGCUAUGUCAGUUUGUUCCCUUUCCUCCUACAAAUUGUGGACCCCAAAUCUCCAAAACUGGGCAAGAUUCUUACGGACCUGAAAAACCCCCAACUCUUGUGGACAAAGUACGGCCUGAGAUCCCUAGCCAAGACAGACCCCUUGUACAUGAAAUACAACACAGAACAUGACCCUCCGUACUGGAGGGGACAGAUAUGGAUCAACAUGAACUUCCUCGCAGUGCGGGCGUUACAUCAUUACUCCAACAUAAAGGGACCGUACCAGUCCCAAGCUGCAGACACAUACAAAGAACUGAGGCGUAACCUCAUCCAUAACCUGUAUGUGGAGUAUGAGAGGUCAGGUUUCAUCUGGGAAAACUACAGCGAUGUUAACGGUCAUGGCAAGGGGUGCCAUCCAUUCACAGGGUGGUCAUCACUGAUUGUGUUGAUAAUGGCUGAGAAGUAUUAAGGACUAUGUGGUUUGCUACAGGGUUAGAUGUUAGCUGUCAGUCUUUUGAGAUCAGGUAGACACAGAUACAUGUGUAACUUUUAGACCAGGAAAUCUUGUGACUGGUUGUACAAGUCUUGUUGGCAUCACCGCAAGACGCUUAAUGUACAAUGAGAGCUUCUUGCAUCAUGAUAUACAAUAAAAACGACACAUUUAUCUGUAUUGAAUUGAUUGGGCCUAACCUUAAAAUUGGGAACAGAUAUCUUCUUUCUCUUGAUCUCUGUUACUUAAGUUCUGUUGUAGAACAUUAGUCUGAUGUCACAGUAUGUACAAAUGUAUUCUGUUGAGUGCACAUGUAUAUACCAAGUGGAUUUAUGCAAUGUGCUACCACUAGUACCAGUAACAGGAUAGAAUUUGCAAUCAAUUUUACUUCAACAUCAGUGUCAGACACUACAUUGGUUUAAUUUGACUUAGAUACCAAUGAAGAGGGAAACAUUAUCAAAUGAUCAAAUAACAACAUUCCUGAGUUGUGUGAUUUGCAAUUGGCUGUUUUUAUUAUUGCCAUUCCUUAGUUUGGAGUCUUGUUUGUCAUUGGCCAUAUUGGAUGUAUGUAUUUUAACAUGGAGGUAUGCAUGAUGGCCUAAUUUGGUGGAUAACUUUAUUCUUGGUGGUUAUGUGUGGACAAAGUCCUAGUCAUCUUGCAGAAUAUUUCUGCUUUCUGCACAUAAGUAUUUAUUAGUAGAAUGUAGUUUAUGGCAAGGUGUAUCCUGGUGGUAUAUAUAGGAAUUCAUUUGUGGGUUGGAUCCCUGAUUUUAUAUUGUUUGUCAAACAAUGAUUGAUUUAUAUGAUGAUCAUGAGCAUUUCUUUUAGUGAUCUCUUUUAGAUCAGAUAUCUUGCUUCAGACUGAAGAAUCUAUGAAUGAUGAAAAACUAACACUCAGCUUUUGAAGGGCUAAGCUUCACAUGCAGCUUUAUUUUACUUUGCAGAUCUGAGUUUACCCUUCUUUCUCCAACCCAACUUUAUUAUAUUUUAACUACACAUAGGACUGUAUAACAAGGGAAGGUUGGAAGUGAUCGCCACCUCUGCUAGUAUGCACUGCUAUAAUGUAAUAUGCAGUUGUUAAUAGUGUAUUGCAUCAUACAGUUUGAAGCACCUCACACUAGCAAUAUUGCAGAAGCAUUGAAGCAAGUAGGCCCCAAAAGAAGUUUGGCCAAUUUCUAUUGAUACAUUGUGAAUGUGUGCCUCAAAAUAUUGGACAGUUUUUUAUGUGAUCAUCAUAAUAAUCUGAUUAUCGCACCUGUACUAUUUCCGUAUGAGCCUACACAGCGUUAUUUAUGUCUUUGUGCCAAUCAUUGUUUAAGAUGAUGACCUAAUUAAUGUCUUUACACCUAAGGUGUGUUUGAUUUUUGCUGCUUUGUACAGAUAUCCUUGACGUUGUAUGCACUUUCAAUACAAGAGCUAGUGCUGCUACAGCAUAUAUGGAAACAAGAUGUAGAAAUAAAGCUGUUAUUGGAACACUA